AGCGGAGAGCGUGUGGCGGGAGGCGCGGCUCUUCGCCAUGCUGCGGCACCCCAACAUCAUCGAACUGCGCGGCGUGUGCCUGCAGCCGCCGCACCUCUGCCUGGUGCUCGAGUUCGCCCGCGGCGGAGCGCUCAACCGCGCGCUGGCCGCAGCCAACGCCGCCCCCGACCCACGCGCGCCCGGCCUGCGCCGUGCACGCCGCAUCCCCCCGCACGUGCUGGUCAACUGGGCCGUGCAGAUUGCGCGGGGCAUGCUCUACCUGCACGAGGAGGCGGCCGUGCCCAUCCUGCACCGCGACCUCAAGUCCGGCAACAUUUUGCUCCUCGAGAAGAUCGAGCAUGACGACGUGGGCAACAAGACGCUCAAGAUCACAGACUUCGGGCUGGCGCGGGAGUGGCACGGGACCACCAGGAUGAGCGCGGCCGGCACCUAUGCCUGGAUGGCCCCCGAGGUCAUCAAGUCCUCUGUGUUUUCCAAGGGCAGCGACGUCUGGAGCUAUGGGGUGCUGCUGUGGGAGCUGCUCACGGGCGAGGCCCCCUACCGAGGCAUCGACGGCCUAGCGGUGGCGUACGGGGUGGCCGUCAACAAGCUGACCUUGCCCGUCCCGUCCACCUGCCCCGAGCCCUUUGCCAGGCUCAUGAAAGAGUGCUGGGAACAGGACCCCCACAUCCGGCCCUCGUUCGCCUCCAUCCUUGAGCGGCUGAAGGCUAUCGAAGGGACGGUGAUGACCGAGAUGCCCCAGGAGUCGUUCCACUCCAUGCAAGACGACUGGAAGCUGGAAAUCCAGCAGAUGUUUGAUGAGCUGAGGACUAAGGAAAAGGAGCUGCGGUCCCGGGAAGAGGAGUUGACCCGAGCCGCCCUCCAGCAGAAGUCGCAGGAGGAGCUGCUCCGGCGGCGGGAGCAGCAGCUGGCGGAGCGCGAGAUCGACGUACUGGAGCGGGAGCUGAACAUCCUGAUCUUCCAGCUGAACCAGGACAUGCCCCACGUGAAGAAGAGGAAGGGCAAGCUCAAGAGGGGCCGCGUGAAGCUCAAGGAUGGGCAGCGGAUCAGCCUGCCUUCAGAUUUCCAGCACAAGAUCACGGUGCAGGCCUCGCCCAACCCGGACCGACGCCGGAGCCUGCAUAGCAGCAGCUCCAGCCCCCCCAGCAGCCCCACGGUGAUCCCCCGCCUCCGGGCCAUACAGCUGACCCCGGACGAGAACAGUAAGGCCUGGGUGAGGAACACCGGCUUUCGGCACGAGGAAUUCGAAGAUGUCAAAAGGGAUUUCAAGAGAAAAGGUUGUACGUGGGGACCCAGUUCCCUUCAGAUGAGAGAGCGAGCCGACGGCAAGGAGAGGACGAGACCUCUCUCAGAUGGCAACAGUCCCUGGUCGACCAUGUCAAUUAAAAACCAGAAACCCAUGUGCUUGGCGUCCUUAUUCGCGGACCAGCCAGGUGCUCACGGCCGGCCGGAGCCUGCUCCCGACCGUGGGGUCCCCGGGGGGCCCCAGCAGGGGCAACUGGCAGGUCCAGCCUACGUCGACCCAGCGCUGUGCAAAGAGGCUUCCCGCGAGGGCCUGCUGGAGGCCGGGGGCUGUGAGGUGCUGCCCUUCACCAGCCCCGUCGCUGCCCCCCUGGGGACUCCCACCAGCAGCCUGCGGAGGCCCCCCCAGAGGAGGAAGACGGAGUCAGCGCUGGUGGGUUGCAGCGCGCUGCUGGCCUCCGUGGCGCUGGGUCUGGACCUCCGGGAGCUGCCACAGGCCAGGGGCACGGAUGAGAAGGGACGUGAAGACAUCCUCCAGUGCGUUCCCGGGACCUGCACGAAGACCAGUGCCCCCAGGAGGCAGCCUUCCACGAAGUACUCACUACAGGCCGAAGGGCAGGACGGGGACUCGGGCGGCACCCUCAGCAUGUGUGGCCCCUCGGGGCCAGUUCCGGGCGCUGGGGACAGCCAGCGAGGCCCCGCUCUGAGGCUGGAGGCCGUGCACGCUGUUCUGGAGGGCCGGCCUCCCUCGCCGGCGCAGCAUCCUGGGACCGAGCCUGAAGGCGCUUCUUCCCAAGCCCCAGCGUCUCUGCCCAGAGCAGGCGAGGCCUCGCGGACUCCCCGCACACCCCAGCUGCUGCAGCUGUGACCUCAGCCCCCGGGGCCUCAGGACUGCCACUCCCCUCCCGGCCUGGUCCUCACAGCUGCCUGCCAAGUGAAGUCUCAUCGGAGAGACAGUGGGCCCAGCAUCGUGCCUCAGCCUCACCUUCCUCCCAGAGGAGCCCAGCAGACCUGCAGCUGGCCUUGCCACCAGGAGCCCACCUUGCUCCCUCAGCAGCCCGAGGAAAGAACAAAGUUCCCCCCAUCUGGACUGCAGGGUGUCCAUCUGAUGGUCCGAACAGGGACCACACCACGCCCAUUGCCACAGGAGCGACAGAGCCAGCUGACCAGCCACGGAUGAGCUGGAGAAAGGGUCUCUGGCUUACAAAGUGCCUCUGUGGCCCACACAUUGCUUUUUGAGGGUGAACAAACGAGAGCGGUGUCCUCCGUGAGCUCUCCCAUGCUGCCGUGUCAGGCCGGUGGCCCUGUCGUUAAGGUAGGGAUGAUGUCAAAGGUGUACCUGACACUGUCACUGUCACUGCCUUCCCACUGGCUGCUCACCUACUAACCUGAAAUGCACAAAGUGCGAAACAGAACCCGUGUCAGCCAUGCUGGUCAGAAUGUUCUCGCAGCUUCAAGGCUUCGUCCGCUCUCAGUCAUCCGGGUCUCUUGGAACAGGACAGAGAUUGUAAGGAGACUCACUGUUUUGUUUUCUUCCUUCUGGCUUUCUCUUUUUGUCUUUUUAAUUAUCUUUUCUUUUCCUUUGUUACUUGUGUGACUAAAAGCCAAGAAAGAGCUCUUAGUUUCUUGGCAAGAGUCAAGUGGUAUUAGUAAGUAAAGG